AUAUUUUGUAUUAUAGUUGAAAGCAAUUCAAAUUCUACGUAUCUCUGAAAUCGAAAAGUUUCUCUGACUGCGUGCAAUGAAUAACAUUCAAGUGAAAAUGGUAUCUUAUCAUCAAGUCUCGUUAUCAGAGAACGUCUAGAUUAGGAACCCGAUUCUCUACGCCGGGAGCUUCAGAGUAACGUGGACGCGUCUAGAUUCUAGACUCUAUUCUCGAGACUAGUAUAAAAAUGUACUUUUCAAAAAAGAUUCUAAUUCUAUUUUUUAUUGCUCAUUAUUCGUGGUGUGAGGAUACGAAAAAAAAAGAAAGCCCAAAAAUUGUGAGUGUAAAUGAAACAAAAUCGGUUGAUAAAAAUAGUUCGAUUGCAACGACUGUUCCACCCGUGAAAGCUCCUCUACCGAAUGUGUGUGAAAAGUGUAAUUGCACAGAAAAUUCUAUCAAAUGUGAGACUUGGGAUUCUUCCAAGGUUAUCAAAGACUACAAGUGGCCUAAUAAUACAUGGGAAGUCGUUUCUUUUGAAAACACACCUUUGAUUCACCUGACACCAUUUCCAGCAUUAUCAAUUAAAAAACUGGUUUUUACCGGGAACAAUAUUCAAGAAAUUGAUAACAAAAUUUUUAUAAAUAUAACCGAUCUUGUUGAAGUGGAUUUGAGUAAUAACAAUCUCAGUUCCAGAAUUCUGCAUUCCAAUGUUUUCGAGGGCAAAUGGGCAUCGGAGAGCUACGAGCCUCUGAAAACACUCAAAGUCUUGAAUUUGAGUUAUAAUCAUAUUCACACGUUAAAUCAAAGAAUUUUCGAGCACACUAAAGAAAUAAGACUGCUAAGUCUCAGAGGAAAUCCAUUUACUAUGUUUGAUACGCCGACAAGGAAUGCAUUAUCCGAUCUUCCACUUUUGGAAGAACUUGACAUUAGCUAUUGUGGCUUAAAGAGUUUGCCUCAUGAAAUUUUACACACUUCUCACAUGAUUUUGUUAAAACUUGACCUAAGUGGAAAUAAAUUUACGACGCCUCCUCUGGCUUUCGAAUAUGCAAAGUCAUUAAAAGUACUUACGAUGGACAAUAAUCCCAUUGAAUUUAUAGGACCAGCUAAUGCAUUUCCUGAAUUAGCAUUACUUGAGGAACUCAAUUUGCGAAACAUGUCGCAAUUAAACAGAAUCGGGGAAGGGGCCUUUUCAAAAUUAAAGAAUUUGAGUAUUUUGAGGAUUCAAAACUGCUUAAAUUUCACGGAAAUUCAUAAGAAAGCUUUAGUUCAAACUAUUGGGACUCUGAUUCCUGGAUUGGGUCGAAAAUUCAUGGGAGAAAAAAUAGAUGAGUUAAAAUGUGCAGCACCACCGGAACAUAUUGGCAAAAACUUGUCGUCUCUUGCACACCGGAAACUACGUUGUCUCGAUUUAUAUGAGGCCAGACCGGAAAGGGACGCAGCAGUUUUGGUUGGAAUUUUGAUUGGCCUUCUUCUUAUGGUCCCUAUUGGACUGACAUUCUUCUUUUUAUGGAAAAGAGGAUUCUUCUUUUGUGGAUCCCAAAGUCCUGGGAGCUUUUCUCGAGCUUUUUACAGGCGGACUCCUGCAGAUGAAAUUUAAUCAUUUUUUUAUAAUAUUCAGCUGAGUAACAAAUUGUCCCAAAGAGAAAUAAUUAAAAAUUUCCAAAAUUAAUUAAAUUUAGAAAUCCGUGUGAGUGUAUGUAUGUGCGCCUUUAAUUUAAAAGACUUAAUUUAGUAUAGGAUUAGAAUAAUUCAUUUAUUUAUCAUUUUAGUCAUAUUCAAUAAAAUCAUUAUUAAAGUUUAUUUUAAUUCCUCGUAGAGUAAUGAGACAUGAUUUUCAAGUAUUUUUUAUAUUAAGACUAGAAAACUAUUUUCCUUUAUUUGUUUUUUAUUUCAGUAUAAUUUGUUCAUAAUCUAGUUCGUUUAUUUAUCAAAAAUGUUCAGUACUAUUAGUUGCUAUGAAUUAACUUAUAUUGACAUGCAAAGUGUGAAAUUUAUGACUUUAAAAUUGAAAUUGACUUAUAUAAAAAUUUG